AUGAGAGCAUGAAGAUUGGCGGGGGGAUGAUAGUAGGCGAUGAUGAGACGAUCCUCUGAUGAACGUGGGACGGUGAAGCAUUUGAUAAUGCGGUCCUGCCUCGUAUAGAAUAUUUUUUUUCUAAAGUUAUUUAGCUCUGUAUUUCUUAAUUUUAUUAACUGCUUUAACUCGCGGUUAGAAGAACCUUUUUUUUUUUUUUUACAGUUGCGUCUCUACAGCAUUGCAUCCUUGUUCCUGGCUUUCGACAGGUUCACCAGACAGGCUCGACUUCCUCAUUGUGCCGAUAUGUAUCGUCUGCAGUCACUGGCAGCUCGAUCAUUGAUCGCCGGAGCUCUCGAUCAGUGUACCCCCUUAAUAUCACUGACAUCUCUUGCUGGGGUACGACACAAGUCUCAAGGUCCGUCCGUGGAGAAGCACGGCCAGAUGCGCUUCCUCACAGCCGAGGCUAAAGCGGCUGCUGGGCGCCUCGACGGGAAGAUGCGGGAGAGGACCCUGACUAUGGACACUCUGAACCCGCAGGUGAAGGCUGUGGAGUACGCUGUGAGAGGACCUAUUGUCAUCAAAGCCGGAGAGAUCGAGAGAUACCUGGAGGAGGGUGGUACAAAACCCUUCUCUGAAGUCAUCAAAGCCAACAUCGGUGAUGCACAUGCCAUGGGACAACAGCCAAUCACCUUUCUCAGACAGGUGGUGGCUCUCUGUACAUUCCCUGAGCUGAUGGACAGCCCCAGUUUCCCAGAGGAUGCCAAAUGGAGAGCACGGCGUAUCCUGCAGGGCUGCGGUGGACACAGUCUCGGGUCAUAUAGUGCAAGCCCCGGCGUGGAGUGCAUCCGCAAAGACAUUGCUACGUACAUAGAGCAGAGAGAUGAAGGAGUUCCUUCAGACUGUGAAAACAUUUACCUCACCACUGGGGCUAGUGAUGGCAUUAUGACUAUUCUACGGCUGCUGGUGUCUGGAAAAGAUUCUUCUCGGACCGGUGUAAUGAUCCCCAUCCCUCAGUACCCGCUUUACUCUGCUGCAAUCUCUGAGAUGGAUGCGGUGCAGGUCAACUACUACUUAGAUGAGGACAACUGCUGGGCCCUGGACAUCAACGAACUUUACAGAGCUUAUCAGGAUGCCAAGCUGCACUGUCAGCCAAGAGUCGUUUGCAUCAUUAACCCUGGCAACCCUACUGGUCAGGUCCAGAGUAAAAAGUGCAUUGAAGAAGUCCUACACUUUGCUUAUGAAGAAAAUCUCUUUGUUAUGUCAGAUGAGGUGUAUCAGGACAAUGUGUACACUCCUGACUGUCAGUUCCACUCCUUCAAGAAGGUGCUCUAUGAGAUGGGUCCCGAGUACUUCAACAGCGUGGAGCUCGCCUCCUUCCAUUCCACUUCCAAAGGUUACACGGGAGAAUGUGGCUUCCGGGGUGGAUAUAUGGAGGUGAUCAACAUGGAUCCUGUGGUCAAGGCCCAGCUGGUCAAGCUUUUAUCAGUGCGUCUGUGUCCCCCCUUGGCCGGCCAGGCUGCAAUGGAUGUGAUAGUCAACCCUCCACGUCCAGACGAACACUCGUACAGACAGUUCCACCAGGAGAAAUCCUCAGUGCUGGGUGCUUUAGCAGACAAAGCUAAACUAACUGAGCAGUUCCUGAAUUCAGUUCCAGGAAUCAAGUGUAAUCCCGUCCAGGGGGCCAUGUAUGCCUUCCCACGAAUCUUUAUUCCUCCUAAGGCAGUGGAGGAAGCCAAGGCUCUAGGAAUGCAGCCGGACAUGUUUUACUGUCUGAGAUUGCUGGAGGAGACAGGAAUCUGUGUUGUUCCUGGAAGUGGCUUUGGGCAGAAAGAUGGAACGUAUCAUUUCAGAAUGACAAUCCUGCCAUCCAUAGAGAAGCUGAAGGUACUUCUUGACAAAGUGCGAGAUUUCCACAUCAGUUUCCUGAAAGAGUGCUCUGCUCUGGAGUGAGAUGACAUCUGAUCUGAAACAGAAGCUUGCGAGUUCAGCAUUACUUGACAAACUAACACAUUUAAACUGGAAAGCUAGUGUUAAGUCUAAAAAUUCUAAUUCUAGACAUGAUUUAAUCAAGCAGUUGAAAUUACAGCCUUGUUUACUAAUAUUUUCAGAAAAUGGUUUCUGGAUGAGUUUUACAGAAAUAGCCAUUUAGUCAGACAUGUAACACUUGAAUAUUUCAGUUAUGUUUGUACACAUUGUCAUUUUAUAAUUUUUUUUUUUUAUUGAAUUUGCCUUUAAAUCAUAACUUCUGCAGCAUGGUUCAUGGUACAUAGACAACCUCUAUAUAACACGAGAUUCUGCUAAAAGCAUUAUGAACAACUUUCCAAACCAGGAACUAAACUGUGACGGAUGUUACUCACUUGAAAAUAGCUCAACUGAAACUCUUUUGUAGCACCUUAUAUCAAAACCAUUUGGCUGAUGCAAAUAGUUUUUUUUUUUCUUUGGUGCUGAGGGAGGGAAGCUGGUAUGCUGUUGUGAUGAACACUUGUUAAAGUUCUGGGAAGUUUACAAGAAGGGACUCUUUUAAUGUUUGUGUUGCACUCAUUCCCAUGUAAUGUAUCUUAACAUUUUAUCUUCGAAAAAAUUACUUUUACAAAUUUAGACCCAAGUUAAGCUUCUGUGGAAGAUUGUGGCCAAGAUAAUGAUUUACUGUCUCUGACACUGUAUGUUUUCAAGGCCAGUUGAAGCAUGCAUGGAGAAAGUGCUGUAAUUGUUUACUGAUGCCUUUUAUUUCAUUCUGUGUUGUAAGCUAUUUUGAGCUAUUAAACACAAUGCUAUUUGAAUCA